UUCCAUUUCGCCCAUAAAACAAGACUUCUUCCAUCUUCUUCUCAAGAGUGGUUGCAUCCGUAAAACACCAAAAACAAAAAAUCACAAACCGCCACAAAUCCCUAAGAUGGAACAAUCUAUCUCAUCUCUUGCAUUUAAAGGUUCUAUUAAUGAGGCAAUCGUUGAAGCCAAACGACAGAAAAAACUUUUUGUAGUAUACAUAUCAGGAGAAAACGAAGACUCAAUCGCUAUGGAUAAAUCUACUUGGUCAGAGUCAAGUGUGGCAGAGUCAUUAUCGAAGUACUGCAUUUUGCUGCACAUUCUAGAAGGAAGCACAGAUGCAGCUCAAUUUUCUGCAAUAUAUCCACAGAAACCUGCUCCUUGUAUUACAGCUAUCGGAUAUAACGGUGUCCAAGUAUGGCAAAAUGAGGGCUUUGUGAGUGCUGAGGUUCUGGCUUCAACCCUUGAGAAAUCAUGGUUGAGUCUUCAUGUUCAGGAAACAACUGCCACUUUCUUGACUGCAGCACUUGCCUCGAGACAGUCGGAACAAAUUCCCUCUCAACCACGCGAAACUGGAAGCUCUUCCACAUCAUCCGUUACUAGAAAUGCUAGUGCGUCUGUGGACAAUGAAGUUUUAGAUAAUGAAAAAGCAAAAUCUGAGAAUCGUGCUCCACCAGUUGAAGAGAAAAACUCGAAACGUGAUAGUGACGUGUCUCCUGGGCCAUCAGUUAAUAAAUUAGAAGAAAGUAAUGUUAAACCGCCAGUUACAACAACCAACAAACCAGUUACCCAAGUGACACCAACUGCAAGUGAACCCGGAGUUAACCAAGUGACCGCAACUAACGUUAAACAGCCAGUUACAACAACCAAGAAAGCAGUUAAUCAAGUGGCCCCAAGUGCAAGUGUACCUGUCGUGGACCAAAAACCGAGCUUAAAUGUUAGUCAACAUGAAGCAAAGCCUGAAAAGUCUGAAAAUAUUCAAACCGAAAAAGCCGAAAAUAUAUCAACCGAUAUUUAUUUAAAUAUACGGUUACCUGGGGGUGCAAGUUUACAAGAGAAAUUUGAACCUACAAGCACUUUGAAAAUGGUCAAAGAUUACGUGGACGAAAAUCAAGAAACUAGCAUUGGAUCUUAUGAUCUGGCCAUUCCUUAUCCUCGCAAGGUUUUCACUGACCAAGAUUUAGGCAAGACUUUAACGGAGUUAAGUCUGCUUAAUAGACAAGCGUUAAUAGUGGUGCCACAUCUCAAAGGCUCGGGCCCCAACAGAGGACGAUCAUCCCUACCCAACCCGUCAGCAUCUGUGGGGUCCACUGGAUCUUCAGACGGUGAAAGUUAUUUCUCACUUGUGAGACGGUAUCUAUCGUAUGUAAAUCCUUUGGCGUAUUUGGGUGGCGGUGGUGAUGCUACAGCAAAUUCCUCAACUUCUGGACCGGAAACUAGAAGGAUUUCGCCGGAAUCUGGCACGCCGCAAGGAAACUUUACGGGAAGCAGGAGAUCCUACCUCGUAACGUCAAACCAAAGCAGUAAUACACCGUCAACUAGUAAAAACAACAAACCAAAUUCGUCUAGAUUUGGAAGUGGAAGCAAUAUUCACACCUUGAAACAUGACGAAGAUGACACCCAAUUCAGAGGCCAAAACGCUUUCUGGAAUGGCAAUUCCACCGAGUAUGGCGGCGAUGGCGACAACAAGUGAGCGCACUCUUGACAAAAAACACCUUUGUUAUAUAUUUAUUUGCAAAAAGUACAUUUACAUACGUGUUACGUCUCAUAAAUUUCGAGUAAUAAAUAUGUUGUUCUGACUAGAAUCAGUGUGCUGCAUCUGUAAUUUUACAUUUAUUCGUCAUUCAAUGUCUAAGAAAAGCAAGUUUCUCCGCCCAAACGGGCCCCUUGGGUAUC